AUGGGAAACAUUUGUCGGAAGUACUUCACCUGUUUGAAACCCUGUAUCCCUUGCUUAUUCUCAGAAGCCAAAGAGAGUGAGAAAAAAAGCAAGCCCUUACCUCCGCUGCCUGGCCAGGAUCUGGUGAACAUUUGUAACUUUGUGGCACUCUUCAGCUAUGAGGCUCGCACAGAGGAAGACUUGAGCUUUCAAGCCGGGGAAAAGCUUGCAGUGCUGGAUGCAUCCCACGAGGGCUGGUGGUACGCUAGGCUCCUCCUGCCACCAGGGUCAGUCUCUCCUGGCCGCAAGCUCCAGGGCUACAUCCCUGCCAACUACAUAGCUGCUGACCAGAGCAUCGAAGCUGAGCCAUGGUUUUUUGGCCCAAUCAAGAGAGCAGAUGCUGAGAAACAGCUGUUGUAUCCUGGAAACCAGUCAGGAGCCUUCCUAAUUCGAGAAAGCGAGAGUCUAAAAGGCGAAUACUCCCUUUCAGUUUUAGAUGGUGAGUCUGUGAAGCACUACAGGAUCCGAAGUCUGGAUAAAGAAGGCUUUUUCCUAAGCAGACAGAAAGUUUUUAAAACUCUGAAUGAGUUUGUUUACUAUUACAGUAAGAACAGUGAUGGCCUUUGCGUGGUGCUUGGAAAACCAUGUUUAAAGGUACAAAUUCCUAAUACUUUUGAUUUGACGUAUAAAACUGUUGACCAGUGGGAGAUAGACCGAAAUUCUUUGAUAUUCGUUAAAAAAUUAGGAUCUGGUCAGUUUGGUGAGGUAUGGGAAGGACGGUGGAACAAUACUACCCCUGUGGCAAUCAAAACAUUAAAACCAGGUUCAAUGGAUCCAAAAGACUUUCUGAGGGAAGCACAAAUAAUGAAGAACUUGAGACAUCCAAAGCUUAUACAGCUUUAUGCUGUUUGUACCUUGGAGGACCCAAUUUAUAUUAUUACAGAGCUUAUGAAAUAUGGAAGUCUUCUAGAAUACCUUCAAAAGGAUGCAGGCUCCAAAAUCUUCUUGAAACAACAAGUAGACAUGGCUUCUCAGGUGGCUUCUGGGAUGGCUUACCUUGAAACCCAGAACUAUAUCCAUCGGGAUUUGGCUGCCAGAAAUGUUCUUGUUGGUGAACACAGUGUUUACAAAGUGGCGGAUUUUGGACUUGCAAGAGUUUUUAAGGUAGAAAAUGGAAAUAUGUGUGAAACCAGGCCUGAAACAAAACUUCCAGUGAAGUGGACAGCCCCCGAGGCAAUCUGCUACAACAAAUUCAGCAUUAAGUCAGAUGUGUGGUCGUUUGGAAUACUUCUCUAUGAAAUAAUGACUUAUGGAAAGAUGCCAUAUGCAGGCCUGUCAGGACACCAGGUGAUCCAGAUGCUGGACACGGGGUACAGACUGCCUAAGCCCAGGUCCUGCCCACAGGCUGUCUAUGAGAUGAUGAUGCAGUGCUGGAGCCAGGAGGCCAGCGAGAGGCCCACCUUCCAGGGCUUGUGCUGGCAGCUGGAGAGCUUCAUAGAGAAUGACAUCAAUUUUUCGAACUGA